AUGGGUCCGCCGACUACCAAAUCUGGCCCUGCUGAUAUAUGGGGUAAUGUCAAGAUUCCUUAUGUCGAGAGGUAUGAAAAUGGCUCAACGCCUGACAGUAAAGGAUGGUUUUCAGUCAACUCCGCCAACAGCAUUUACUCAUCACUGGCGGGAGUACCAAUUUCUGGUCUAGAUUCCUUAUCUGUCGACUCAAGUUACACUAUGAACUUAGAAUCAACAUCUCUAUACCUUGAUUGUCCAGUGCUACACGACUCAUCCCAGAGGAUGCCUAGCAAUGUAGCGCGCUUUGCUCACAGCGGACUGGAUGACCAUGUUUCGUUCCGAGGACUUCUCGGCCCCUUGCCUAAUGUCGUCGAUCCAGUCGGGGCAACGGAGAGCGGCGCUCCGAUUUGGUCCUUUGACAAUAACAUUGAGAGAGUCAAUCUGGACCCGACUUAUCUUACUCCACGAGCGUUUACUUAUUUCUCAUGGGGACCCACCGCUGGUUCCAACUGCACCAUCACAUCUACAUACGUUGAAGUAGCUGUUACAUGUCGCUCAUCAUAA